AUGGAGGGUGAGCAGGUCAAUUUAAAGAAGAAUUUGUUUGCAAUAUUUCGUGGGAAAAAAGUCCUUCUUACGGGAGGCGGAGGCUACUUUGGUCACAAGCUAGGAAAUGAACUUAAGAUGCAAGGAGCAGAGGUGGUUUUAUUUGACAUUUUUUGGCCCUUUGAUGAGCUGGCUUACACUCGCAUGAAAUGCAUCCAGGUUGGUGUUUAAAACCCUUGUGAAGAAAUCCAUACGCAAAUUACGGUGGCUUUAAUCUUAUUCCCUCUGAAUUUUUCUUUUUGAUUUGAAUACAAUCAAAGGUAAAUGGCAGGCAAAAUGGAAUUUAUUUGUUCUUUUGUAAACAGAUGUUUCCAUUCCUGUCAUUCUUGGGACCUUGGUCCGGGAAGGAAAUUCUUGGUGGGAGUGUGCCAUCCUGUUCUCCAAACCCUGACCCUAUUUCAGACCAGACAAUUUCAUUUUUCACACCCGUUUUUCAGACCAGACCUCUUAAAUCCUUCCUCUUUUUCAGACCAGAAAUAUUGUCACGAUUACUUAGAAUUAUAAUGGGAUGAGAGCACAAACAAAAAAUUUCUUCAAAUGCACUUUGAAUUCUCAUAUUUCUAUGUUCUUUCUUAGUCAUUUAAAAUUGAAAGGAUCAAUAUGUCCAUACGCUCCUGUAGUUCCCUCGAAAACAAUACUCGAUUCUAGACCAAAAUGAGCAAAGCCUAUACCCGUUUUCAGACCAAAAAGGCCCAAAAACCCUACACUUGGAGUCGGCACAUAGCUAUAUGGCUUAUAUAAGGGAGUGCCCCCCCAGGACCUGGGACUCUGCACGGGUGUUAUCCUUUUCUAGAUUAGGCACUUGCCGCUACCCUGUCAUAUGCCAACCUUGAGCUUCCUUAUGGGUAUUUCCUACAAAAUCCAAGUCACAAUGAUUGCUUGAUGGAGGAACAAUCGUUAGAUUAAAAUGACAAUCGCAUUGCCAUUUCAAUCAAGUUUGUCUACGUUAGUCGUGCAAUGAUGGUAAAGAAACCUGCCAAAUAGUGUGAUGAAUGUUCAGAGUUUUUGCUAAAGCGUAUUUUCUCAUUUUUGUCAUUGUUGUAGCUGUGCUGAGCUUGCUAGCUAAUAGCAUUACCAUGCAAAAAUUCUUGAUAUGCGAGGAUUUGACCUAAAAAACCCGCAAUUUGACAGAAAACUUGAUUUGACAUCCACAUGUUCCCAUACCGAUCAGGCUCAGCUAUUCUUACUGUUGCUAGAAAUACGUGAAUCGCUGGAAAUAAGGCAAUGGGAAAGAAAAUUUAUAACUAAAAAAACUUAAGCUAUAUAAAGAAACAAGAUAAGACUGCAACAGCUUAAAAGAAAACUGAAAGUAAAAGAAAAGAAGAGAAGAAGGAAAACAGGUAUUGCCUGGAAUCUGAAGGCCGUUUUGUUUCCACUAUGCCACGUGAAACACACUGUGAAGACAACAACAAUAUUUUAUUAUAAGCCUUUCCCCUACAACUUCUGCCAGUGUGCCCUUUAUAAAGUUGAUUGAGCCCUGUUAAACACAAAUUCAAAGAUACUUUUCAGAAGAAUGAUCUGACUGCUGUUUUGACCAUGAAAACCCAACAUAAACGCAUUUCAUCGUAUUUAAAGAUUAGAUGGCCAACUAAGUCGAUAUGAUAUAAACUCGCCUGCGAGCAAAGCAUGUUUUGUUACCUUGAUUUUUGCUCAUAUCUUAUGGCUAUUAUUCACAAUAUUAUUGCUUCCAUUUGCCCUUAAAAAGACUUUUUGCAUUCAAAACUCAUUGCAAAGAGCACAUACUGACUCCUAAAACGGCGGCUAAAAAACCCAUGGCAAACAGUUAGAAAUAUGGCCAAAGCAAGCUAGAUGCUCCUCAGUGUUGCCUGGAAACACAAAAUGCUCCAUGACAUCACACACUACAUGACAUCAGGGUGGACACCAUCACAAUACAUGUUUCAGGUCAAAUUUGAUUUCAGGUUAAUUUUGAUUUAACCUAGGUUGAUUCUCAAUAUCCAUUGUUUCCUAGCCCUAAUACAUGAAUAACUAAGGCUAGGAGACAAGGGAAAUUGAGAAUCAACCCAGGUUAAAAAAAUUUAACCUGAAAGCAAAUUUGACCAGUAUCUAUACAAGUAUAUAUGGGCCAGCCGACUUUGCAGGUAGCAAACACCACAUGUGGUACAUGCACUUUGCGUGGACGAGGUUAUAAGCCUUGUGAGGCAAGGCGCCAUCGGAGUUAAUUCAUGAAUGUGCAACAUGAAUAAUCAGGAAUGUGCUCUUGCAGUGUCUAGAGGUCCCUAACCUGCAAUCAGGCGUCCUUCCCAUGUUCUUUGUAUGGUGGCCUGUGUACCGUCUUGGGUGACAAGGAAUACAUGUACUUUUUUUUCUUAUAGAAAUCAUAUGCUGGGCACCCUGGAUUUCACAGUUUAGAGCACUGAGCUCCCUUAAGUUUUUUUCAGAGCACAGCCUUGACAAUGAUUUUUAUUGAGAUGUGAAGCACACAGGAAGUUUCCUCUUGAGUGCUUUCCAAACUUCCUACAAUCGCUUUGGUACUCAAUGUAUGCACAGCAAAAAGCAAGAUCCAUAUUGUUUUAUAACAUUGCCAAAGCAGCGGUUGUCUUUGUUAAAAUGCCAUGUAAGAAGCAAUUCACCUCGCCACAUGUUAAUUCUCCUCUAUAGUGGUUAUUAUUUUUCCUUGGAAAAUUCACUAUUCAGUGUGUUUUAACAAAUAGCCUGUCAGAUAAUUGGUAAAAAAAUAGACAUGCCUGUUUGAUAUCUGAAAUGCACACAUAAAUAACGGGGUGUCUAGAAAACGACGGCCUACUAGAAAACAACGACCUAGAAAACGGUGACCUAGAAAACGACGACCUAGAAAACGGUGAACUAGAAAGCGACGACCUAGACAACGACCUAGAAAACGACGACCUAGAAAACAACGACCUAGAAAACGACUACCUAGAAAACGAUGACCUAGAAAACGACGACAAGGAAGGGGUAGCUCGAAGGAUUAAGGGGUUAGAGGGGUACAGAAGGCGGGAAAUAAGAGGACGAUAGGAGGGAAUUAUGAAGGGGUGAGAGGUGGGCGAAGAAGGAAAAUUACAGAAAAAUAGUAAAUAUUAUUUGUACCGGCUAAGGGUAUGAAGCCAAGGAAUAAAACGGUGGAAAUGGAAAUGCAAGGUACGCAAGGGCGCCCCUCUGUUUCGUUUAUCAAACAAGCGUUGCCUGUUUGUUAUUGGAUAGAUUUAUUUGAUGACAAGAAUUGUAUUAGCUUAUUGUGUUUCAAACCAGUUUUUCAGUAGAAUCGAAGUGAGAAAGAAAAUAAUUUACAGUCUGUCUAUAAAUCCGCUUACCUGAAGAAUCUGUUAAAAGAAUUUGCUAACCUGUAAAGUGCGAUUGUUGUAACGACCCGCCACAGAAGUAAGUUAUAAUUAACAUUGAAGUUUUCUGAAUUUAGCUACGAGAUUAAGACAAUUUGUGUUUGUUCUGAUUGCGAAUUAUAAAUGUAUUUCUUUUAGAUCGAAAAAUUGUUAAAGCUUGAUGGUCAUUGGAGCUAACCAGUUCCUAAGGAAACACCCUCCAACUCUAGCUGGCUGGGGUGGUGGACAACAAAGUGCUUACCAAGAGAGGAUAACCUCUCUUGGUGUUUACUGAUUAAAAGUAUAUCGGGUUAGUUUCAUGAGCGAUCCCGGAGUGUGUUAAUAAAAAGAGGUUUGGGGAACGAAGUAUUUCUAAAUGUCAAAUUUGGGAAAUUUUCACGUUUAGGCGGAGAUGCUCGAUUGACUUAUUGAUUAACGUAAACCUUCGUUACAUGUACCCCGCGAGAUACCUACAUCAGUAUUGUUCUUGCGUUAUUUUCAUAACGCGGUUUAUAAAACCGUCUCUCACAUUUUUAAACAGCAGUUACAGAGUGCCUAGUGUCGUCGCAGGAGCUAUUGUUUUGUCUCGGACAUUGCAGUGUGCAUUACGUGAAAGUGAUGGAAGAAUUAAAAAUGAACCGAAGUGAAAUUUUUAAUUUUGCUCUGCGGCGUUGUCUCUAUUUCUCAUGAUGUAAUAAUUUAUUUCUGAACAAUUCAAAAGUUCUGCCGGAGAUCUCACUGCAUAUAUACCACGCUAUCAGACCUGUGAGGAAAAAGAAACUCCUAGGAUGAUACGAUUCAAAUUUUACAGUUCAAAUACAGUUCAAAUCAGAUGACAUGUCAACCUUCAUUGUGUCCCACAUAAUAUUUCACAAUUCUCGUUACCGGUAUGCUGCCGUUUCAUGUACGAGAAAAUGUUGAAGCCCUUCUUUCUUUCUUUUCAAAAUAUAAACUGUUUGUUUACGGUGUUGAGCACAUAAACGGUACGCCUGAUUUAUUUCCCGUUUGAUUUAUGUGGGCUUGAACUUCCCGCUAUAAACGACGCACCAGUGAAGCAGUCUAUAUUAUUUAGGUCAGUAAGAUUUGAUGGAAAUUUGUUUAAAUUGAUAUCAGGAUAAUAAAUAGGUCAAAGCAAAGCUUUUGCUUCCAGUAGUCAGUCAGGUUGAAUCAUGACUUCAUUGACCAUACUAAAGGAAAAUUUGACUAGAGAAACUUUUUUAGUGGAGCUCUCACGCGCGCGCGUACGUAAAGGACACACAAUUGGCAACAAAUUUGGUUACCUUUGCAUGGGCGCCAUUCCAUUCAAUCAAAACGUCUGGUUUAAAUUUUCCGCAACUUCCUUGCAGUACCGAAAGGAACAGCAUUUUCGCAAUAUAUACCCAAAUUUUCGAAAAUUAUCAUCGGGAAGUUUUCUUUUCGCAUUCAAAUUUGCUCCCGAAUGUCUAAAAUUUCUGGUUGAAAGGUUCGCAUUUCGGAAACUUUUCCGGAAGUCUGGGAACUUUCUCGGAAAAACACUGUACCAAUUGCCGCUGUUUCCAAAGUUUCUUAAGUUUUGGGUGAAUGGAAAGCGCCCAAAAUGCAUCCAAGAAAUUUUGGUUCUGAUAGAAUCGUCUGCACGUACUACGACGUGCAAAAAAGUGUGCUGCAUGUGCAUAUUAGACCUAUUGACCUUAGCAUUACUUAUAACCAGCCCCGGGUAACUAGCGGCUAUGAGCGAUUUGCGUGGGUGUUUGGCACGUUUCAUUAGAUUACAUUGAGAUCUGCUAUGAAUAUGCUAUUUUGGUUUUGUCCAGGGAUGGGGCAUUUCACACACUUCUAUUAAUCGAUAUUAAGCCCCCCCCCCCAGUGGUUUUUUUUAGGUCGUCGUUUUCUAGGUCGUCGUUUUCUAGGUCGUUGUUUUCUACGUCGUUGUCGGUCGUUGUUUUCUAGGUCGUCGUUUUCUAGGUCGUCGUUUUCUAGGUCGUUGUUUUCUAGGUCGUUGUUUUCUAGGUCGUCGUUUUCUAGGUCGUCGUUUUCUAGGUCGUCGUUUUCUAGGUCGUCGUUUUCUAGGUCGUCGUUUUCUAGGUCGUAGGUCGUCGUUUUCUAGGUCGUCAUUUUCUAGACACCCUAAAUAACGUUGACUGGAUCUGGGCAUUGUAAGUGCUUGGUCAAAUUUUUUACUAUGCACACAGAACUGAAGGACCCAAGUCUUUUUAAGAAUUAUCUUUUUUGAAUCUUAUAGGGAUUUAUGUUGUCUUUGUGCUCAAAGCUUACUCAAAUGAUUGCAUGUUUUCAGGGAGAUUUAACCCAGAAGGAAGAUGUGGAACAAUUAUUCAGUAACCAUCAGUUUGAUACAGUAUUUCAUUGUGCAUCAUAUGGAAUGUCUGGCAGAGAACAGGUAUGUGAUUUAAGGGGUGGAGGAUCAUUGUUCAAACCUUUUUUAGAAGUGAAAACAAGGAUCAGGCAGUCUGCAGUUGAUUCCAACAGAUAAGCUUAAUUUUGUAUACCUCAGAUGGAGCAGAGGUUUCUUGCUUGCAGGACUUGUAGCAUUUACAAAGUCGUUCACAUGGCUUGUCUGUCACGUAUUUGGUUUGUUUACGUCCUGUGUAUAAAACAGGCCAAGUACAGAACUGAUAAGGCACAUGAAUGACUUUGGUAACGUUAAAAGCCAUGCAAGAGAUCGAGAAACUUUUUCUCACAGGGUAAAUUUUGUAUUGCUAUAAAAUCAAACUUAGUCAUCAAGUGUAAAAUAUGUAAAGGCCGAGACAUCAGAGCUCGCCUGAUUACCAGCAGACCUAUUUUGUAUGAAAAUUAAAACUACCAUUUCUUUCAUGCCAGUAAACAGGAAACAUGGCCAAAACAACAAUGUUCUCCUCAGUUUUUAGACUGUAACAUUUUUUUUUUCAGUUAAACAGAAGGAAGAUAGAGAUGGUGAAUAUUCUAGGAACCAAACUUGUCAUUGAAGGUUAGAUAUAAUUCCUUGCAAAAUUAUAAUAUUAUUGUGCUUGUUAUUACCACAGGAAAACAAACACUUGAAGAUGCAAACUGAAAUGUAAUGCAGUUGAAGCUCUUGGGACCAGACACUCUUACAAAUGACCAGCUCUCAUUGUGACCUGUGAAACCUCAUUUAAAUUGUGACCAUGAAGCCUUGUAAUGAAAAGCUGUGUCUUUUUAACUCUCAACAUCCUGAUCCACACCUCUCUUUCUUACUUGAUCAAUCUUCACCCAUCCAUUACAGUACCACUCUCACUUCUAUCUUAUGUUUUACUUCCUUAAACAUAUAUGUUUGUAAAUGUGGAGAGCUGACCGGUAUUUCUACUACUCUAUUACUUUUGAAGGGUUGAACUAUUAGGAAUUUCUAAAAUGAUUUUACACUGUAGACAUGGGUGUUAAUGAAAUGGCAAACCAGGAGAAAACACACAUAUACUUUAAAGCAUCUGAUUCUUUGAGACAGUAGAGUGUUCAGGAAAUUAAUAUGUCUUGCAAACAAUGAUCUGUGUUUACUUUUGCGCAGGUACAUUAAAACUGUAACUUCUAGAUGACAUUAAUUAAAAGUCUGCUUGUUUGUUUGUAGCUUGUUGCAAAUACAAUGUGGCACACUUGGUUUAUACCAGUACUUAUAAUGUGGUGUUUGGUGGACAGAUAAUACGAAAUGGGAAUGAAUCUUUACCUUAUUUACCACUAGAUAAGGUUAGUUCAUGUAAAUUAUUUUUGUAAUAGGGGUAUAUUAACAUGAGAGAUCACAGUAAUUAUUAUUAUGUGGCUAAAUCUGCUUUUGCCCUGUGAUUAAUCAAUUUGCAGUCCAUGAACAGACUACAAUUUUGAAAAGCAAAUUCUCAUUUUGCAGCUCUGAAUUUGCUAAUCUGAAAAAAAAUAUUUAAACAAAAUGAACAUAUCACUAUCUAAUCAGUAUCUAUAAAUCCUAUUGGUUAGAGUGCUUCAACAAUAUCACACAGGCUUUCAGGCUUUCUCUUGGCAAGUGUUUUUUAAGUUGUCUUAAAACUGCAAUGAUCUUUUUUGCAUUUAAAUUCUUAAAUGAAUAAAAUAAAAUAAAUAAUGAUUUGGAGGUAGUACAUCCACAAAGUGGUUCUUCGUCUACCUAAAUCCUGGUCGAAUUGGAAUUUGGAAAUGCUGGUUUCUGAGGAGAGGGGAAAACCGGAGUGCCUGGAGAAAAAUCUCUUGGAGCAAAGGAGAGAACCAACAACAAACUCAACCCAAAUAUGGCAUCGAUGCCGGAAUUUGAACCUAGGCCACAUAUUGGUGGGAGGCGACGGCUCUCACCACUUCACCAUCCCUUGCUCCUCCUCCCUUGCUUCUUCAUUCUGUUGUACAUGUACAAUAUAUGAAAUAUUAUUGAUAUAUUGGUUGUGGUUCAAUUUUGUCCUUGGUUUGAAUUUUAUUUUCUUUUGUUUCAAACUCAUAAAUAUCUUACAUUAUCAUACCUAAAGACAAAGAAAAAUAAAAUUGAAACCAAAUUAAGGACAAAAUUGGACCACAACAUAUUCUUUAUUAAGUAUAUAUUUUAUAUUCAUUGUCAUUUUAUUUGCAUCAGCAUCCAGAUCAUUAUUCACGAACAAAGUCUAUAGCAGAGCAGGCUAUUCUUAGUGCUAAUGGCUUACAACUACAAGGUAAAAAUUCCAUCCUGCCAUUUUGAAUCUAUGAACUUACUGAAUGAGCUUACUAAUAUAUUUUACUAUUUACCUCUAUGAACUUAAUAAAAGAUUGUGAUCUGUAUGUAAACUGUUUAUCAAAAAAUUCAAGUUUCAUUUCUAACUUCAAAGUUAAGUCAUUUCUGCAUUGAAGUUUUAAUAUUUUUGCUGUUAAUUGCCCUUAUGAUAAAUAAUAUUCAUUUUAAUUUUACAAUAUUGCUACUGUCAUAGGAAACUAACUGUUCAAUAAAUUGGACCCACCUACUAAUUGCAGGUACAGUGCUGUACCCAGCAACUUGAAAUCUUGGUGAGAGCCCUGUGACACAGUUACACACGAUUCCCAAGUAUUUGCCUUAAUAAACAUCACCUUACAGACUAGUCCAGUUUAAAUACAAGUAGUUGUCUUUAUUUAAAAUCUCUGUUAUUUUACAGAUGGAAACCGUCUAAAGACAUGUGCUCUGAGACCAGCUGGUAUUUAUGGGGAAGGUGAAUUACGGCAUUUGCCAAGAAUUGUGGUAAGAUACUGGUAAUUAAGUUAUUGAACAAUAUUAAGAUUAUACAUUAGGGGGGCUUUUUUAAUAAUGACUGCUUUUACUAAUAUAGUGUAGUGUGUGUAUAGGCAAGAAUAUUGAUGUUUCUUUAUUGUGGGUGUCUUUGUUCCAAGUGCCAUAUUGUAUCCCUAUUCUUUGUCAGUGUCCCUGUAGCAGCUAAUUAUUAGGAAGGAAUAUUUUAUGACGUAAAUAUUUGCUACACAUAAAUACACAAACUACCCAAGAGGCAGUGAGGUUGAGUGACAGGAUACACUAUCUGGAGGUCAGAGAACAGUGGGAAUCCCCCGGGCACUUAUCGUGAUAAAACAGUUCUGACUGGGCCUGGAAAUAUUUUAAAGCUUUUUUAAUGAUGAAAUCAAAAUUUAUUAAAUAUAUUAAUUGUUCUAAAGCAGGUAGUAUAUUAAAGGUGCUUGUAACAACCUAGUAAACAGUCACAAGCACCCAUUUUCUAGGAAUCCCUUCAUUAUUACAGGGUGCAACAAAUGUGCUGUCUGAUAGCCAGCGGCUAGCAGAAUGACCCAUCAGGCUAGUGGGUUUAAUAUUACAGUCCCUGGGCAAGCAACAUUUAAAAGUAAAUGUCAGUGAAAAUGGGGUUUUGGUAGGCCUGCAUGACUGUGUUUCCCUAUAAAAACUCCAGCAAGGGCAUGCUGAAAGGGCAAGUGAUUUUUUUUAAAAAUUAUCUCUCCCUGUAAUUAGCCAAAAGAUUAUAUUUUGCAUCUGUGCAGAUUUGACUUAAAAAAGCCAAGUUUCUGUUCUUACUCUACAGAUGUACAUACCUCACCCAGUGUUUUUGUUAACCAAAUAUGCAAAAUAUUUUGAAAGAUUUUAACCCUGGAUUGGAGUCAUUUCAUGACUAGGUGAAGCAUGGAUAGGAGGACUAUUGUUGACAGUGACUGAUGUUUUGACGACCUGUCAACUCCCGCGCCACAGGUUUUCAAAAUGUCAGUCACUACUUAAACAACGGUCCUAGUGAGGAAUAUGCUCACCCAUUGCCAGACGAUCAUGUCUUUAAAUGCAUAAUAUUGUUUUUUUUUUUCUCAGUCGUACAUCGAACAAGGACUUUUUACCUUCACUUAUGGACAAGGCGACUCUGUGGUUGACUUUGUUCAUGUCAAUAAUCUGGUUCAAGCUCAUGUUUUAGCAGGAGAAGCUCUUCAUGCAUCUAAAAAUGCAAUUGCUGUGAGUAUCUGACAUUCUGAAAAAUUAUGCAGCCGCAGGAUUACCAGUAAAACAACCCAAUUUCCUCUUGCACCCGGCCCUCCUUCCAUCCGUCCACCCACACAUAAUAUUGGAGGAUGAAUCAUUACAUGACUGGUCUUGAAGCUAUUGAUUGUAGUAAAAGGUUGAGUUUCCAGCUGGAAAGACUACAGAAGAAUUACAUUUGAAGCUCUCCUUGUGACCACUCUUGUAAUUAUUGACCAUCUCUAGUUACAACCACCUUUGUGACUUUGUGAAACCCCAUUUGAAUUGUGACUCAAACUUAAAGGGAUGUAAAGGUUCACGGUUCAGCGCAUGCUCAGUAAUUAAAUUGCUUUUUUCCAAUUAUUAUUAUUAAUUCUAUCUGUUAAUAAUCCCACUCACAUGUAUCUCAGCAUUCUUAGAGUAGACUUGUAUUUCAGAGUAACCUUAAGUGGGAUGGAGGAGUACUAAAAUCGCAGAAAAAUUAGUGGAUUAUGCCAACACUACCAAUGUUCAAUGUAUUGUUGUCCCGAAGGGUCCAUGGACGGUUGAUUAAUUCACAGUUAUUUGCACCUAAGUUGAUGAAGUGACUACCAGGGGAGUGUGCAGAUUGGUUCUUUGACAACAUUAUGACAUGAUCAUAUUGUUUUCUUAGAUGAUACAGCAUGCCCCGGCAGAAAAAUAGCAUUUUGAUUAACGAGCAUGUGCUGAAUGGUGAACCUGUCCCUUUAAAUGAAAAGCUCUGGCAAGCGACUGCUCCCAUAAGCAACCACAACCACCUUUGAGAUUACCCAACUGGACUUUUCCUUUGUUUUUUAAGCUCUCAUAAGCCACCACUCAGAGUCUUAUUCAUAUAAAUCGACACUUCAAUAAAACCGCACACUGCACUAACGGUUCGUUGAUAAAGAUCUUGGGGUUACUUUGGUCCAAAGAAAAAUUUGAGGUAAAAUUUAGCUGUGUCUAUACCAGAUACAAAGACAUUCAUUUAACAUUAAUUGCUUUUGUUUUUCUUCAUGAAUUAUUAAUGAGUUCUGAAGCCCUAGUAAGGGACACCCUCUGUUGUUUUACCAUAAUUUGGUCACUUAUGAGAUCUCAUUCUCAUAAGCGACCACCUCUAGUUAUGACCAUUUUUUUGAAUUUCCCAGAUGCUGGCUUAUGAGAGCUUCAACUGUAUUAAACCUUUCUUGUAAAAUAAUGAAAGUUUUACAACUCUAUUGUAAAACGCAGUUAAUGGAGCAUGACACCCUCAAUCAACAACAUGUAACGCAGUGUUAUGCUAGAACCCUUAUCAAACUGCCUAUUUUGACAGCUUAUGGUGUCUUUUGAUUUGUAUGAAUAGGCCAUUUUACAGUUGUGUGCUCAGUGCCCUGGCCUUUGAAUAGAAGCGAGGCUGGCGGUGACCUUGUUUUGUUCUUGUUUUUCAUAUGUAAAUGAUCAUUUUCAAGGGCUUGUUAGCAUGAGAAUACUACGAUUUGCAUAAUGAAAAGCAGGAGGGUUUUCAACAAAACAAGGUCACCGCCAGCCUCACUUCUUCUCUGCAUCUUUUUUUCCAGGCAGGGGAAGCAUACUUUGUAUCUGAUGAUUCACCUGUGAACAACUUUGAGUUCUUCAGACCUUUAGUAAGGGACAGUUUAGGUCCAAAGUUAAGAUUUAUGUAACAACAACCAGGGCCAGAACAGGAAGCAAACUCAUGGAGUUUGCUUGUCUCAUGGAGUUCAUGGAGUAAGCAGUCAAUCUUCUUAUGAAUAAAAACUUUGAUUUAAGACUCUGUUCCUUAUGUCAGGCCACUGAAGUUGAAAAUGAACGUCACGUUGUUUUCUUGCACUCUAUAUGAUACACUUCGCAACAAAUUUUUUGAUGAAAUCAUUACCAAAUAUAACUUUUUUAAUGAUUUAGAUGUGAAAUCAAAAAUUUUGUUCCUUUUCAGCAAUAUUGAUCCAUUUAUUUGUAAAUCAGUUGCUGCUUUUAUUUUUGAUAUUAUGAAUUGUACACACAAUCAUGUAAUUUCAAAGGUGACUAAACCAAUUAAUUAUAAUUAUUAUUUACUUUUUUAAGAGAAUAGGUAUUGCCAUGUAUGUAAAUGGAAAUACCUUAAUAAACUGUUGUUGUUGUUGUUGACAGGUUGAAGGCCUUGGGUAUAGCUUUCCAAGAUUAAAAUUACCAAUAACCUUGAUUUAUAUCUUUGGUGAGUAUGAAGGUCUCUGAUAUUGUAACCCAUGCAGUUUCAUUAAGACAAAAUUUAACCCUAAAGUAAACAUGAUGGGCUUUCAUGAGAAACUCUGUUUCUUGGCUGCCUACAUUGUUUCGCUUCUCAACAAAAGAUCUGAGCUGGUAACCCGGUGUUGUUAUGAAAACAAGUUCUUUGUGACGACUAAUCACAGAACGUGCGGCUCCCACCGCCCAUGAAUUUUAAAUUUCUAACUUUAAACUGAAAACUUUUACUGUGAUGAUUGCUUUGUUAGUGUGGGAAACUACGAGUUACAACUUUUAUUCUUUAAUUGCUUUUGAAUUUUGCUCUGCAUAAUUUAUUUUAUGCAUUGAUCACUCCAGGGAUAUAGUUGAAACUAUAUUUUUUAUUGUGUGUUCAUUUUAACAACUUAAUAUAUAUUUUCAACACAGCAUUUCAAACACCAGCAUCUCAGAACUGAUUUUGUUUGGUAAUGUUUUUCACUUCAUUCACAUGUUUAUGUCAAGUGAUUUAAUCAUUAUGAUUUUUUUUAUUGCAGCAUUUAUAACAGAAAUAGUGCACUCAGUUGUUGGAAAAUACAUCUAUAACUUUCAACCCCUGCUUACCAGAACAGAGGUAACUGAAUUUAAUAACUCUUUGGUUAACUAAGCCAUUUAUUUAGUUUAGAGCAAUACACUUUUUUACACAGAUGGCUCCAUCAACAUUCCAAAGAAAAAACAAUUUCUUGAAUGAGUGAACUUUCAGUGUUUGGUUUGACAAGCUGUUUUCUAUUUUCUCCGUACAGGUUUACAAGACUGCUGUAACACAUUACUUUAGCAUGAAAAAAGCACGGAGCCACCUUGGUUAUAGUCCAAAGAAGUAUUCUCUGGAUGGAGUAGUAGAACAUUUUAAAAAGACUGGACACGGCAAACAUAGAAGGCGACCCUCGCGUCUUCUUUAUCAUAUAGUUAACAUCAUCAUAGGAAUUAUGUUUGCGUGUUUGAUUCUAGGCUGUCUUCCUAGAGUAGAUACUUCUUAUAUUUCUUGUUAUUCCUAACCAAGUUAUUUUAAUUCAAUCC